AUGUAUAUAAGGGAGAGCUUCACGCUCUCUAACCUCGCUCGCUCCAGUGGUCGUUUGCCACGUGUCGCCUUGUUGCUCGUCUAUGUCAUCGCUUCUAGAAUGUUGCCACGUUUGGUACAGCAUCAAAUCUUUAACCCAGACCCUCUCUAUCUCUCUUUCUGCGCCUCUAUACACCGACACCCAUCGUCGCCGGAAUCUUCAACAUCUCUCUCCAAUCGACAAAAUAGGGUGUUCUUGAUAAAAGAAGAAGCGAUCAUGGAUGCUAUCACUCAAUUGCAAAGACAAUUUGUCGAAUACACAACAUCUUUAUAUCGUGAGGGGUAUCUUGAUGAUCAAUUUACACAACUUCAGAAACUGCAAGAUGAAAGCAACCCAGAUUUUGUUGUUGAAGUUGUGACACUUUUCUUUGAAGAUUCUGAAAAGCUUCUCAACAAUUUGGCUACUGCUCUUCAGCAGGAGAAUAUUGAUUAUAAACAAGUCGAUGCUCAUGUGCAUCAGUUUAAGGGUAGUAGUUCCAGCAUAGGUGCACAACGAGUGAAGAAUGUUUGUGUCGUUUUCAGAAAUUAUUGUGAUGAGAAAAAUCUUGAUGGGUGUGUCCUAUGUCUGCAACAAGCGAAAAAUGAAUACAUCCUUAUAAGGAACAAACUCGAAGCCUUGUUCAAUCUUGAGCAACAAAUCUUGCAAGCAGGUGGAUCGGUGCCUAUGAUGGCGUAGGUAUAGAGGUUAUGUAUGAAAUUAUGAUCGGGAAAUUGUGAAUAAUGUUGCUCUUUUUGUUUUUUUUUUUGUGUGGAGACUUGAAGUUUACUUGCUUAAGAGUAUAAGAUUCACAAUGUGUGAUCUCCAUAAUGAUAUGUUUUAUGCUUUUUUCUUGAUAUUUUUCUCGAAAGAUUGUGUGUGUACGAUAUUCUCAUUUUAUUUUACUUUAUUUAUUUUGUGACGUGGUCUUUUGAAUGAUAACGAGUGUAUGGAUACAUAGAAGUUCUUUUCUUUUUCGAAAUUGUUAGCUAGAAAGGUAUUUGUGAAUUGUGAUUAAGCAUGUAUAACCAUAAAAGGGAAGGUAAGUAUAUGAUAUGGCAUUGAUUAUGUUUUUAGGUGACAAAAUGGAGGAGUGCUAUAUAUAGAAGCAUUUGUGAAAAAAUAGUAGAUUUGCUGAGCCUAUAUGUAGAAGCAGUUGAUAAGGAAUGAAAUUGAUACAUCAUAAGUUGUUAUGGUAUUAGGAGAGUUGCAUAAUAGGCAAUGUCUUAAUCGAAGAUCUUGAACUGCAAGACAAUUUUUGAACCUAAUGUCUUUGUACAUAUCACAUCUUUUAAUACAAUGCAAGUGAACC